AUGCCAGACACAAGCAAGCGACAUAAUGUUUAUCAAUUCCUCUUCCUAGUAGCCGCGAUUUGUCUGAAUCUACCUCCUGUCGCACUGGGAAUCAUGGGAUGUAUGGAAUGGUGUGGAUAUUUUGCUUCCUGGCUCGCAGCAAAUGCAGCCUUAUCUGCAACAAAUGCUAUUGCGGCUUUGUAUAUAAUACAAAGAAUGCGAAAAGCCGAAGCUGCAGGAAAUGAGAUUGCGUCAACAGCGAUAGAUUCACAGAAUUCUGACAGCAAUCAAUCUCCGGCAGACGAAUUGCCUGCAGCGAAUAUCGAACAACAAGGGAGUGCACCACAAGUCGACAAUACACUAGAACAGUUGCACAAUUCAGAUCAAUCCCAACAGAUAAAUCAAGAAGAACAGCAAGGAACAUGCUGUUUGUGUUUCGUUCAUACAUCUCAUUCCACGCAUUUGAGGCAUCUGAUACGGUACGACGGCUUUGUUUCCACCUAUUGCAUCUUUGUUAUAUUUUGGUUAUUCUGGCUUUCAGAUGGUGUCGAGAGAGUCAUUCAUAUCGACAAGGCGGAUGCAGAUGACCUCGAAAACUGUUCUUUGUUUCAUGAACACAAUGUUCUCUACUCGUUUUGCAUUGGAUUUGUCUACUUGGCCAUUACCAUCUCAUCGCUGGCCCUGCUGCACCUACCGGAAAGAAAGACGAGAGGUACCGAAGAAAAGGCAGUGGUAGAUGCCUGA